UAUCCACUCUCAGUGCAAAAAAAAAAAAAGAAAACAAAGAAGAAAAGAAGAUCCACUUUCAUUGCAUAAUGGCUUUCUUUCAAUACCUUCUUCUCUUGCUCUCCAUUUCCAGCUUCACAAUCACAGCUGAAUCUGCGGAGCUGUGGACUCAGUAUUGCAAUGAAAACUCCCUCAUAAACACCACUCAGCUAUCCGCAAACAUCGACGCAUUGUUACCUCAACUUGUAUCAGGAACCAUCUCAAAUGGCUACAUCACAACUUCCUAUGGUAAAUCACCAAACCAAGUGUAUGGCUUAGCUCAAUGCAGAGGAGACGUGAGCGAAAGCGAUUGCGCGAGCUGCAUUCAGGACGCGGCGAAACAGAUUCGCGAGCUCUGCCCGAAGCAAGCUGACGCUAGAGUAUGGUACGAUUACUGUUUUCUGAGGUACAGCCCGGAUGAAUUCGCCGGCCGGGUGGACACGUCCGUAGGUAUAAUCUUUUACAAUGUUGAGAAUGUGACCGAUCCCGACAGUUUCAACAAGAAACUCGGGAGCCUGAGCGACAAGAUUAGCAAAGAAGCUGUUAGUACGUCCGGAAACAGAGGAUUCAUUGGCAGGGGAAAAACUGAUUUGUCGGAUUUCGAAAAGAUAUAUGCGCUGGUUCAAUGCACAAGGGAUUUGUCACAGCUUUAUUGUGCUCAAUGCCUGGCUCAAGCAAUCGGGCAGUUCCCAAACACCUGCAACAACAAGAAGGGAUGCAGAGUUUUGUAUAGCAGCUGCAUAGUUCGUUAUGAGCUUUAUCCAUUCUUCUUCCCUCUGGAUCCCAAAGAGACAUUAGUCCAUGUUCCUCUUAAGAAUUAUGCCUCUGUAAUCCACAAGCAUUAAAAUUUUAUCUGUAUGCAUGAAUAACUUUCUCCCGUUUUCUGUAACCACUUAGAGUUUUAUCUCAGGUUAUCAUUGCAAUGGAGAACACAAAACUGCAGUUCAUGAUUUUAUCCGAAAAUACUACAUCAGUUAGCCAUAACUUUUAGUGCUUUUUUAUUUUUAUUUUUCUUCAUUGCAAUUGGAAGGAGCAAUAAAAACAGUAAUUUUGUCUUCGAACAUCC